GGAGGGUGCGGGUUGUGGGGCGGGAUCGAGCCCGAGACCUGGCCGGCUUCGCCAAGGGCUGACGCGCCGGAGAAAAGUUGUGCCUUGACCUUCUCUCGCCUGGUGAUUUGUCGUCCCCAGGCUGAGUGGAAGCCAGGGCUGGAGGUCACCGCGUCCAGACGCUUGAGGGUAACUGCCCGGGCACCCGGAGUUAGGUGUUGGGCCCGGGAGGAGCCGACUCUGCCCCCGCGGUUAGUGCCCUGAGCCCUGGCAGCUCGGUUGUCCCCGGGAUCUCCGCACAAACUUUCUGACUGUCGAGGGGACACCGCGUGGAGGGAGGAUUCGUGGCCGCCCAUAGAUUUUGAGUCUUCUGGAGAUUUCCUGACAGAACCAAAUGUUAGAAACAUCCUUUGCAUUCCUCUGGAAGGUGAAGUGAGCACACACAACCCAAGAGUGUGCAGUGAAGACAGCACUCACAGAGCAGUGGUGGCAGAAGUUGGUUCAGCGGCUCUCAUUGCAUAUUCAGUUUUUUUGAAUUCUGCUGUGAGGGCUUCAAGCAGUGAUGUCAGCAAACCAGUUGUGAAACAGAACUGACUUGUAAGUUCAGAGCGUUGGUGAAGGCGUUUUUCGUCUGAACGGCAUUCUUCCCUCUCAAGAAGACUAAAUGUUUUGGGAAGUGACCAUGAAGACUGAAGAAGUUACAUUUUUCACAUGAUAAUUGAAGUUAAUGACUGCCUACAAUAUUUUCAUGAAAAUUAAGUAUGACUUAGAAGUGUCAAAGGUUUAUGAUGUCAUCAGUUUCGACAGAAAGCAAACUCCAGCAGGCUGUCAGCCUGAAGGGAGUUGACCCAGAAACAUGCAUGAUUGUGUUUAAGAACCACUGGGCACAGGUUGUGAAGAUCUUAGAGAAGCAUGACCCUUUGAAGAACACCCAGGCAAAAUAUGGAUCCAUCCCUCCAGAUGAGGCCAGCGCUGUGCAGAACUAUGUGGAACACAUGCUGUUCCUGCUCAUUGAAGAACAAGCCAAGGAUGCUGCCAUGGGGCCAAUUCUGGAGUUUGUGGUCUGUGAGAAUAUCAUGGAAAAGCUCUUCCUCUGGAGCCUGAGGCGGGAAUUCACCGACGAAACCAAACUGGAGCAGCUGAAGAUGUACGAGAUGCUGGUCACGCAGUCGUACCAGCCCCUGCUGCACCAUAAGCCCAUCCUGAAGCCCCUGAUGAUGCUGCUGAGCUCCUGUUCGGGUACAACCACCCCAGCCGUGGAGGGAAAGCUGGUUGUCCUGCUCAACCAGCUCUGCUCCAUCCUUGCCAAAGACCCGUCCAUUCUGGAGCUCUUCUUCCACACCAGUGAGGACCAAGGGGCCGCCAACUUCCUCAUCUUCUCUCUUCUGAUACCCUUCAUUCAUCGAGAGGGCACAGUAGGCCAGCAAGCUCGGGAUGCUUUGCUGUUUAUCAUGUCUCUCUCCGCGGAGAACAGCAUGGUGGCCAAUCACAUUGUGGAGAAUACCUACUUCUGCCCAGUACUUGCAACUGGACUCAGUGGCCUGUACUCGUCCCUGCCCACGAAGCUGGAAGAAAAGGGUGAGGACUGGCAUUGCCUUCUGAAGGAUGACUGGCUCCUGUUGCCCCCCCUCGUGCAGUUCAUGAACUCUCUGGAGUUCUGUAACGCCGUCAUCCAGGUGGCCCACCCUUUGAUCCGCUCUCAGCUCGUCAGCUACAUCUACAAUGGCUUCCUGGUUCCAGUGUUGGCUCCCGCCCUCCAUAAGGUGACGGUGGAAGAGGUCAUGACCACAACUGCGUACCUGGACCUUUUCCUGCGCAGCAUCUCUGAGCCAGCGCUCCUGGAGAUCUUCCUCCGUUUCAUCCUCCUACACCAGCAUGAAAAUGUCCACAUCCUGGACACGCUCACCAGCCGAAUCAACACCCCUUUUCGGCUUUGUGUGGUGUCCCUGGCCUUGUUCCGAACUCUCAUCGGGUUGCACUGUGAAGAUGUGAUGCUGCAGCUGGUUUUAAGGUAUCUGAUCCCGUGCAAUCACAUGAUGCUGAGCCAAAGGUGGGCUGUGAAGGAAAGAGACUGUUACUCCAUGUCUGCGGCCAAGCUGCUUGCCUUGACCCCCGUCUGCUGUGCCAGCGGCAUCACCCUGACACUUGGGAACCAAGAAAGGGAUUAUAUUCUCUGGUCAAAGUGCAUGCAUGAUGGCUCAGGGCCCGAGCAACAGUUGCUGCCAGAAGCACCCUGCCCACCUUCUCCAACCACCCCACUUUCCCCUCCUGCCCCAGCAGCCUGCAUUGUGGAGUAUGGGAAGACCCUGGACAUCAGCUACCUGCAGUACCUGUGGGAGGCCCACACCAACAUCCUCCACUGUAUGAGGGACUGCAGGGUGUGGUCAGCCCUCUAUGAUGGGGACUCGCCUGACCCUGAGACCUUUCUGCAGAGUCUGCCAGAGGAGAGCCGAGAAGGCUCAGCCCACCCAGAGGCCAGACUCCCUCAGCAGCACGCCAGGACAGCAGGGCAGGUGAAGGACAAGAACCAGUCGGAGCUGGAAUGGGACGACAGCUACGACACCGGUAUCUCGUCUGGGGCCGACGUGGGUUCUCCUGGGCCUUACGACGAGGUGGAGACUCCAGCCCCACCAGCACCCGUGGAGCCCCCCAAACACAUCCAAGAGAUGAAGAAGAACGCCACCCUCCUCUUCAAAGGGCCCUACAUAGAAGAGUCGGACUUCCAGGACGAUGUGAUGGUGUACAGGCUGUGCGCGGAGAAGGACGCCGAGGACACCAGGGAGCCUCUGGGGGUCACGGCCGACCACCCGGCUGACCCACCGGCCGAGGCCCAGCCUGAGGCCCAGCCCAAGGCCCAGCCCGAACAAGCCCAGAGUCCCCCCGUGAGCAAUGGACCUCUCUUUAGCCCCGAUCCUGAGGCAGAGCCGCAACCCAGCCGGGAGAGUUCAGACCUGUGUCAGGACGUGUUCUCAGAAGCCACGCAAGAGCGUGACGCGGAUGCAGCUUUGGACUCAAACUCGGAAUCGAUAGUCCCCGCAUCUGAGGCAGAAGUCCAGUCAGACCUGCCGGACGCCAACACAGAGAGUGAUUUCAUUGCACAGUACGACCAGAUCAUUCAAGAGCUGGAUUCUGGCCCCGAGGGCUUGAUGGGCCACAGCAUCGCCACGUCUGACCCCCUGCUUCUUACAAACCAGGACGAGAGGCGAGAGGAAGGCAGAGAAGAGGAAGAGGAUGACUUCGACUCCCUCAUGGCAGCAACUCCUGCUGUGGAGACUGUGCCUUCCCCGUUUGGUGUCAGAGAGGACACGGCCUUGUCCGGUCGCCAUCCCGCGAGGACUCAAAGCGCCCCGUUCACAGGUCCAUUCAUCAGUGUGGUCCUGUCCAAGCUGGAGAACAUGCUGGAGAACUCUCUGCAUGUCAACUUGCUUCUGAUUGGCAUUAUCACCCAGCUGGCUAGCUACCCCCAGCCACUCCUGCGCUCCUUCCUCCUCAACACCAACAUGGUCUUCCAGCCUAGCGUCCGCUCUCUCUACCAGGUCCUUGCUUCUGUGAAAAACAAGAUCGAGCAGUUUGCUUCCAUGGAGAGAGACUUCCCAGGGCUUCUCCUCCAAGCCCAGCAGUACCUGCUUUUCCGGGUGGACAUGUCUGAUGUGACCCCUGCACCAUUCACCAAAGAUCCCACUCAAGAGGUCUCCAGGACAGAAACUGACAAGACCCUUACGGAUGGCCCUCCACGAGUGUUUCAGCCCUUCCUGGGCAACAGAACCAAGGUGGCCGGGGCACCCCCAAACCUGCCUCUGCCAGUGAAGAACACCAUGCUGGCUGCUGCUCUCUUCCCAGAGUUCCUGAAGGAGCUGGCAGCCUUGGCCCAAGAACACUCAAUUCUGUGUUACAAGAUCCUGGGGGACUUCGAGGACUCCUGCUGUUAGCUUUUUAUACUAUUUUAAUAGAUAUUUGGUUUUAUAAGGUUAUAGCGUCAACUGAAUGUUAAAUGCAAAGCUGCUUAUCAAAAAACUGUCCACUUUGAUACUUCCUGACAAUACUUGAUUUGUAGCUGGGUCUCCCUUUAUUAUACGGAAUGUAAGUCUCUGAGCUGGCUGUCCCCGUGGCGGGUCUUUCUGCUGAGGUUUUCCUCUUUACAAGGUUUAUAGUCGUUCUUCCAACCCUGGAGCUUGUAGCUCAGACAGCACCGAGCACGCAGAGGUUCUGUGAUCUCUGGACAAGGAAGCUCCUCCACAGGGGCAUGCGCACGCCUGCCCUCUCUACCCUCUGAAAAAUGCAAAGAAGAGCAUGGAGCUCCGCCUGCCACACAGGUACACCUCAUCUGCUGCUUCGGAUUUUACUGCUAGGACUUGCAGUCUCUCCACACAUACUGCCUUAUGUUGUGGGAAAAUCCCCAGCCCCAGCUGUCUGCCCAAAAAUUCACACAGAAAGAAUUUGGAAUGUGGGGAGUUUUUAUCUUGUUGCUUGAGAGCUUGCUCUAAUCAAGACCAAAACACAAGACAGCCUUAAUUUAGUACGAUUUGCACAAAAUGAAGCGUACCUAUGCAAACUGUGGACCUCAGGCAUGUGAUCAGGUAACAGUGUGGUAUCAUAUACUAAAAACCUUAUUAUUUGUUUUAUGAAAAGAAAUGUUAACUUGUGAAACUAUAGAGGACGUGGGGGGCAGAGUCUGAAGUGCAAAAGAUAAAAUUAUGCUAACUGAAACCUGUAGAAACUCUGUAGUUAUUCCAUUUUGCGAAUAGGUUGCACUUUGCAGAGACGUGAGCACUGCUCAGUCCACGUUGGAGGCAAGGAUGGAAAUGCAUACGGAUCGCAGGGAGCUGGCGAAGCUAGGUGCCUGCUGGGACCUGCAGCUUCGGAUUAAGGAGGCCCUACGGGACGAAUGCCCAGAUCUGCCCUGGGCUGGGUGAGCAGUUAGGAGCUGGACUGACAGUGUGCCAUAGGCUAAACAGGAACCCGAUCCUGUCCAUGGGACACUGCUGACUUCAUGUUCGUGACGGGCAGUUUGCCUAGUCAUGGUGCGGCGGCCGUAGCGUGGGAGGCACAGCAAACUGGCCUGCUCCUGCCUUCCUGAUGAGUGCUCACAGGUCUCCACUAGAAAAGGGAGCAGCUUCUGCUAGUGAGAGGAACUGUUACCCCCUCAUACACCACUUUGUCUGGUUAUGUGUGCUUGCCACACCCCUGAAUGCUGAAGCCAUAUCUGCAAAUGGAGUUCUUUAGCCUUGUGGUUUUAUGUCCAUAAAUAUCGGUAUUCAUGUCCACAUUUCUUUUUAUUCCUUAAAAAAAUAAAACUGCUAGGCGAGCAUGCUGCUACUUA